UUAGUUGAUCUACAUCUUGGUUAAAACAUCAUUUCCCAUCAGUCAUAGCGCCAGCGUUGCGUCACAUGACUCUUCUCUUUUCAACAUGGCUGCUGCGCUAAGCAGUGAAGAUUUCACCAAUUUGCAGCUCCUUCUAAAGGCUCCGUCUAAAGACGCAGUGAGAGAUGUCUGUGUUCAGAGCCACAGAACCCUGAACCGGAAGCUGACAGAAAACACUGCAGCCACCUUCAGCAUCCCUGCAGCACAGGCAGCUCAGCUGGUCCAGUCCCUCCACACUCUGUCUCACCACGUCCUCUUCUACAACCUGACGUCUCCGGAUCAGAUCCUCGCAGUAUUCCCAGAGUCUUUCCACUCCAAUCUGAAGAACCUGAUCACUAAGAUCCUGCUGGAGAACAGUCCGGCGUGGAGGACAGAAGCUCUCAGCCAUCAGGUCUCCCUCCCUCAGCUGAAGGAGCUGGACUGGAGAGUGGACCUGGUGACCAGUUCUGACUCGGUCAGUCGGAUGGCGGUGCCGACCUGCCUGGUCCAGCUGAAGAUGGAGGAUCCGUGUCCAUCAGCAGGCGGGGAGCCGGUUUCCACGGUUACAGUGGAGCUGAGCAGGGAGUCACUGGACACUAUACUGGACGGACUGGGACGGAUUAGGGACCAGCUGGCUGUGGUGGCAGGGAAGUGAGAAGACGGACUCCAGAUUUCAUCCAUAAAUGGUUUACACUUUGAAACGUGGAUAAAGUUCUACAAUUUCAACAAAAACCUGGUGGGGUCUCAUUUAUCCGGCAAUUGGAAAGUUGAACUUUUUAACACGUGUUGAAUAUGAUAAUGUUCAUACAUUUAAUAAUAAUUAUUCUACUCAACCCUCAUUCAUGUGUAAAAGUACUGUUUCCAUUUCUACUAAUGUGAAAAUGAACUGAUCAGUCAGAUUCUAUUUUGUGGUGCAUCUUUUAUAUUCUUUCCUAUUUUAUUCUAUCUUGAUGCAGUUUAGGUCUCACUGAAGUUUCAUCACAUUUACAUAUAUAGUAACGUAGCGUUAAACUCCUUGAACUGGUUGCCACGUGCAUAUUUUUGGUCAUUUUGCCAAUGAUUCUUAGAUUAAGAGCUUUUAGACCGAACAGGCUACAGUUCUUAGAGCAUUGUUUCUGCUUAAGGUGGAAUGAAGAGUUGCAGUUGUGUAUUAUAAAUCUAUUACCGCAUAUGCUUCAGCAUUUCAGAGCUCAUUUUCAUUGUUAAAAGACUUGAACAACACAUUGCAAUUUAAGUAACUAUUAAACAGUUGAAUUUCUUUUUUUUCCCAGGACUUGGAUGAAGAAUCCAAAAUGUAUGAAAGAAUAUUAGAGCUACUGUUAAAAAAUUCAGAUUUUAAUCUCAAUUCUGAGUUAAACUUACUGACCUCUUCAGAAUUUAGACUUUAAUACAAAUGCAAAGAGGCCGCCAAAUUACAUCUGUAAGUUGUUUGUGCAUGUCUGAUUUUGGUCUCCUGAAGCUACAGACCGAUGCCAGACGUGUUUUUCGGACAUCCACAGGAUUAUCAAAAGUAGUCAUUUACAUCUUUUUUGCGGAUGUCAAACAAAAUGUUGAAGAGCUCCCGCUGGAACACUGAAAUAAACAUUUAUUGAUUAAAA